AAAUAGCUUAGGAUUCAUCCGUUGGGAUUAAUUAUCAACGUCUAUUAAUUCAGCGUUGUUGAAUAAGUCGCAGGCGGUACUUGUUUUGACUAACUUGUUGUCCCCAAUUCGUAUUAUCCUCCGUACGUUUUUCGAUGGUUAAUACAUAGGUGGCAGCACCGUACGGAUACGCUGCACCGCUAAUUCGUGCUUUGUGACACGUAUUUUACCUGAAUAACUGCGUAAUUCGUAUUUUAGACGAGAUAUUUUGAGGAACGGAUUGUAAGUGUUGAAUACAAAACUGGCAUGAAAAUGAAGAUUCCAACCGGUGGUUCAGGGAACGGCUAUUAUGGCCAUGAUAGUGGGGUCAUCUCAUACCUUGAUACUGUCGAAGCCGACGCCGAUGUCCAGGCUGCGGGAGAUGGAGACUUUUCCGAAUAUAUGUGGAUGGAAAACGAAGAAGAAUUUGACAAACAGGUACUACAGCAGCUUGAAGAGGAGGAGUUGAUGGAAGAAUGUCUCGAAGCUAUGUUGGAAGAGGAAAGGCAGCAUCAGAGAAAUCAAAACUCUGCCGCUUGGUCUACUGCCACCAGUACUGUGGAAAACAAUGGUAUUGAUCUCUGCCAGCAGCUAGGUGGCCUUCGAGUGCACGAUGACCUCGCCAAGCAGAGUACAUUGAAUCCGGAUGCAGCUGAAUUUGUCCCAGCUUACAAACCAGCAGUAACAUUGGUAAGCGGACAAUCAGAGGUUGCUACCGAAUCGUCGUAGAGACCCUCCAUAAUCUUGUUUACAGCAGACAUAAGCCUAGAGGAGGUCAAGGAGAUGUCCGGAGUCAACCUGCCACAGUCUAUAAUUUUAGCCGGAAGAUAUUGGGAUUGUGCAUGAUGGCGACUACUGUUACGUACAAAUAAACAAAUGAAUAGAUAAUACAUGUGACACGAAAGGAUAUGGUUUCUGUAGAACGUGAAAUUAACAACAACAGGUUCAUGUAAUAUUAAGAGAAAAGCGUAAUUUGUUUGUUUUUGAUACAGAACAGGACACAUUACGAAACCCUAUACAUAUAUCUCUGAAAAAACACAGUCUACGGUUUAUUUUUGUAGGAUUAUCGUCCAUUUCACUAUAGAUUACUGAGGUUACGAUAGUGUUUAAAAUGCGUUUUUUU